AUGGGAACUUGGGAUGAAAUACCACCGGAAAUCCAACAAAGUGUUGUCAAAUAUAUGGAUUUGAGAUCGAGGUGAGCUAAAGAGAGAGUUAGGCUAAGUCAUAAAGGUUUCCAGUCUAAACUAGACUAUUUUCAGAACAGAAUUCCGUCAAAGCAAUCGAUUAAUGCAAGCGCUGGUAGAUCAAACGCCGCUCCAAAUCGAAGCGAUCUCUUUUAUUCGAGAAUUCGAUAUGGCUACGAAUAUUGAUCUGAUACGAUUUUCGAUUGCAGAAAAAUCGGGAGAAAACUACAAAUUAUAUUCAUUCCACUUCAAAAAUGAUGCGGAAAAUGAUAAUCGAAGUCUGGAGAAAUAUGAGGAUAAUGAUUUGGUUUCGGAGAAGAAUUUGGGAGAAAAAAGCCAUGUGGCAGAAGCUUAUGAGACGUUGAAGAGGAUUCUGAUGAUUCCGAAUAUUCGAUUCCAGCAAGCCACGUUUUCGGCUGAUUUGAAUUUUGAGAUUGAUUUUGAGGUAGGUUUGCGGCGAGCGGAGCGAGUGUAGACCGCAAGCUUUUGCGAAGCGGCCACGCGGAUUACUAUGACUUGAGAAUCUUACAGAUAUCCAGGCCAUAGUAAUCCGCGUGGCCGCUGAAGCGGGAGAUGGUGCCGCUGCGCGGAAGCUUGCGGUUCACACUCGCGGCUUCGCUGCUCGAGCGAAGCGAGUGUAUACCGCAAGCUUCCGCGUCAGCGGCCACGUGGUUACUAUGACGUAGAAGCUCUCCUAUGAUUUCCACGUCAUGGUAAUCCAGAACUCCUAUUAUUUCCACGUCAUAGUAAUCCACGUGGCCGCUAAAGCGGAAGACAGUGCCGCUGACGCGGAAGCUUGCGGUUUACACUCGCUUCGCUCGAUGACGUGGCAAACUUCAAAAAUAGGGAUGAAAACUAGCUUCAGAAAUUCCUUAUUUCCAAGAAAAUCUGAGUAUCCACGUGGCAAAAUAAUCCGGUCGCUUCGAAAAAAAUUCAAUUUUUAAUCAAAAUUUUAAAAUUUCAGUUCGAAAUGAAUCAAUUUUCUGGUAGAUAACUUCUCAUUUUUGAGCAUAAAAUGAGAAUUGCUCAGAUUUUUGAUUAAAUAUAGUUUUUUUUUUACUUAUCUACCAGAAAACCUGCCCAAAAAUAUUAAAAAUUGAUUCAUUUUGAGCCGAAAUUUUUAAAAUUUAAUUAAAAAUAAGUAAUUUUUGAAGCUAAAUAGUUUUUUUUUCAAAACUUUGCCACGUCAUAACUCAUAUUAGGAGUUGAGUAUUUCGAGCGGAGCGAGUGUAGACCGCAAUCUUCCGCGUCAGCGGCACUAUCUUCCGCUUUAGCGGCCACGUGGAUUACUAUGACGUGGGAACCAUAGAAAUCUACAGGUCCACGUCAUAGUAAACCACGUGGCCGCUGACGCGGAAGCUUGCGGUUUACACUCGCUCCGCUCGAGCAGCGAACCCGCGAGUGUAAACUGCAAGCUUCCGCGUCAGCGGCACUGUCUUCCGCUUAAGCGGCCACGUGGAUUACUAUGACAUGAAAAUCAUAAGAAUCCACAAGUCUCUCAUUUUGCAGGGCCUAAUCCAUGCUCAAAACGUUCAAAUCUCGCAAAACUUCCAAUGGCUCCCAAAAUUCGCCCCAAACAUCGAAAAAUUAAUCGUCUUCAACAAUAUCCCAGUAAACCUCCAAUUUUGUCAAACAAUUCAAUUCAAAACAGCCAAAGAUGUAUUCCUCGAUGUGCCCAAUCAAAAUUGCGAUGAGCACGAGAUUUUGGAGUUUUGCGCGCAUCGCAUUCAAUUUGCAUCAACGACUUUGUCUACCAGAAUAAUCAAGGCGGUUUUGAGGAAACUUUACAUGAAUGCGGUGAAUUUGCAAAGUGAUUCAAGAUUUCUAUGCUUGGCUGAUGAUAAUGCAAAUCUUGAAGAGAUUUCGGAAGGUUUUGAAGUUAUUUCACGAACUCCUCCUAAUUCUGAUCGGAAAGUAUAUCGAAUUGAUUUUCAAAGAAGAAUGUUAGAAUUAAUAUUGGAUAGUUCUGGAUUGGAUGUGGUGUUUGAAGCAAAAUUUGUUGAAUAA